AUGCAUCGUUUGGAGAAACAAUCGUAUGUGUUUAAUUUAUUUAAUCAAAAACAAAAAUCAACAACAGACCUGUCCCGAGAAGGCGCUGCCUUCAUGUGGCAUCAACUUCUUAUUCAUGUUCUUCGACAGAUGAUAAACGAUGAGCAUGCGAAAAGUGAUAUGCUUAAAAACUGUCUCGAUUACUAUCAACAUAGUAAAAAAGAACUAGCUAAUAUCGAGCGAUUUCAGUCGUCAUACUCGUGCGAUGAAGCGAUUUACUGGUAUACGAAGGAUUCAUUCAUAUAUCGAUUACUUAAUAAAGCGUUUCGAACGGAGAAUAUCGAAUUAAUCUAUGCUUUCCGAUAUUUCAUUAUCGAUCUGUGCGCUCAGUUAGAGACAGAAAGCUUGAAAUCGAAAGACAAAGGUGCUUUAACAGUUUAUCGUGGACAACAAAUUCCCAAUGAAGAAUUCGCGAAACUACAACAAAGUAUUGGUAAACUCAUUGCGGCCAAUGGAUUCUUCUCGGCAUCACGAGAGAAAGAAGUUUCGAUUAUUUACGCCGGAGAAAGUUCGGAUGAAAUGACAGCUGUCCUAUUCGAAAUCCAAGCUGACCCAUCGUUACGAUCAAUUACUCUAGCAGAUAUUCAUCAAAUCAGUGAGUUCACGGAAGAACAAGAAGUGCUCUUCUCCCUUGGUGCAACAUUUCACAUUGAUUCGAUCGUGUUCGAUGCUGAGUUAAGUCUCUGGAAAGUACAACUGAAGAGCACUGAUGACGGAUGGGAGCGCGUUCAAGAGUAUAUGCAAUUAGCCGAAGACGAAAUGAAAGAUACAAGUCCGAUGAUUUACUUCGGUAGUCUUCUUCUGCAUGAACUUGGACAGGUGGAACAGGCUAAGAAAUACUUUCAAGUGCUUCUUAAAACACUUCCAUCUGACCAUGUAGAUAUUUCAUCAUUGAAAAUUGGUCUCGGUCAUAUACAUAUCAAACGAGGUGAUUAUCGCUUAGCAUUACAAGAGUACGAACAAGCCUACAAAAUUCGACAAGAUAACUUGUCAGUUCUCCAUCCUCGCAUCGCUACUUCGUUGCGCAAUUUCGGCAAUACGUAUCGAGCUAUGGGUGAUUUUGAUCAGGCCCUUUUCUAUUUUCGGGAAGCGAUGAAAAUCAACGAACGAAACUAUUUGACUGAUCAUAUUUGUGUAGCUAUGACUUUCGAAGAAAUCGGUUUGACUUUUCAAGGCAAAGCUCAAUGGGAAACUGCUCUGGUCUGGUUCGAAGACGCGCUGGAAAUUUUCAAACGCAUAUUGCCUUCGCGACACCCACAAAUUGCUCAAUGUCUGGGACAUAUCGGGAAGUCAUAUCGAUACAUGAAACAAUUUGAUCGUACACUAGAAUACUUUCGUCAGGAACUAGAAAUGGAUGAACAAUGUCUGCCGUCGGAUCACGGCCAUGUUAUUAAUGAUUUAUCUCGAAUAGUUGAUACAUAUCGAGCAAUGCACGCAUAUGAUCAAGGUUUGCAAUUCUGCCGAGAAAAACUAGCCGUGUAUCGGGAACUCUUCGGUGAAAAUCAUCCUCGAUUUAUGAAUACUCUCUUACGCAUCGUUAGUUUGCUGCUCGAAAAGUCCUCCAUCGAUGAAGCCUUGCAAGCGUGUCAACAUGCCUUAGCGAUCGUAACAAAUCUCGUACCAGUGAACAUUUCGAUUACUAUUGAAUCACUGGAAUACAUCAGUCAUAUCUAUCAACUUCAAGGCAAUUCCAGUGAGAGUGUGAAAUAUCGGCAACAACAGUUAGCGUACGAGAACAAAAUCGAUCCAGUAAAUUAUCGCAACAUUGCUCGAUUGCUAGUGUGCAUUGGAACGACUCAAUAUCAGAUGCGUUACUAUCCGGAAGCACUUAAUCACUUCGAUAAAGCUUUGAUGGUCUAUGAGAAUAUGCAUCCACACGACAAUGACAUGAUCGACAGUGUUCGCGAGCAGAUCAUCACCGUCGAAAAAGCACUGAAAAAGUUGGAAAAAUUUCGAAAAACUUCUCUGACCAGAUUUCCUUCUAGUUCAAGAUCAAGAUCAAGAUCCGGAUAUCGUUCUACUCCAGAUUUUGUAUCCGAUCAAGAUGAUAAUCUUGUCUCUGACCUAAACCAAUUGGAUUUGAAAAAUCCCAACGAAAAACAGUCGAAAUCAAAGCUGGAACAAAAAUCUCAGAAAAAGUCGAUACGCUUCGGAAACUAA